AUGCUUCGACACACUCUGGCUCGUUCCGCUCUGCGGACGGGCAGGCGAGCGGCCGGCGCCUCGCGCGCUUUCUCUGUAUCGGCUCAGCGCCACGCGGAGGUGGAGCUGACAAUUGAUGGAAAGAAGGUCUCGAUUGAAGCUGGUUCUGCCCUGAUUCAGGCUUGCGAAAAGGCCGGAGCCACGGUCCCUAGGAAGCUCAUGAUUGCAGGAAACUGCCGCAUGUGUCUCGUCGAAGUCGAAAGAGCCCCCAAGCCCGUUGCCUCGUGCGCGUGGCCCGUCCAACCCGGCAUGGUGGUCAAGACCAACUCGCCGCUCGUCCACAAGGCCCGCGAGGGUGUCAUGGAGUUCCUCCUGGCCAACCACCCCCUCGACUGCCCCAUUUGCGACCAGGGUGGUGAGUGCGAUCUCCAGGAGCAGUCUCUGCGUUACGGAGCCGACCGUGGUCGGUUCCACGAAAUUGGCGGCAAGCGCGCUGUCGAGGACAAGAACAUUGGCCCCCUGAUCAAGACCUCGAUGAACCGCUGCAUCCACUGCACCCGCUGCGUGCGUUUUGCCAACGACAUUGCUGGCGCGCCCGAGCUCGGCUCGUUCGGCCGCGGCAACGAUAUCCAGAUCGGUACCUACCUAGAGCAGAACCUCGACUCCGAACUCUCCGGCAACGUCAUCGAUCUCUGCCCCGUUGGCGCCCUCACCUCCAAGCCCUACGCGUUCCGUGCCCGUCCCUGGGAGCUGAAGCACUCCGAAUCCAUUGACGUUCUCGACGGUCUUGGUUCCAACAUUCGCGUCGACUCGCGCGGUCUCGAAGUCAUGCGCAUCCUCCCCCGCCUCAACGACGACGUGAACGAGGAGUGGAUCAACGACAAGUCUCGCUUCGCCUGUGAUGGUCUCAAGACCCAGCGUCUGACGAUGCCUCUGGUCCGCCGCGAUGGCAAGUUUGAGCCCGCCGACUGGGAGGAAGCCCUAACUGAGGUCGCUCGUGCCUGGGAGCAGAAGAAGCCCCAAGGCAACGAGUUCAAGAUCAUCUCUGGUGCCCUGACUGAGGUCGAGUCCCUGGUUGUUGCCAAGGACAUGGCCAACAAGCUUGGCUCUGAGAACCUCGCUUUGGACACUCCCACUGGCAGCGCUCCCCUUGCUCACGGCGUUGAUGUCCGAUCCAACUACCUGUUCAACUCGACCAUCUGGGGCAUCGAGGAGACUGACUGCAUGCUGAUUGUUGGCAGCAACCCUCGUCACGAGGCUGCUGUUCUCAACGCCCGUAUCCGCAAACAAUGGCUCCGCUCUGAUCUCGAGAUCGCCGUAGUUGGCGAGACCUUCAACUCCACCUUUGAAUUUGAGCACCUGGGUGGCGACCACGCCGCCUUGAAGGCCGCCCUUGCUGGUCCCUUUGGCAAGAAGCUGGCCGCUGCCAAGAAGCCCAUGAUCGUUGUCGGCUCUGGUGUCACCGACCACGUCGACGCCAAGGCCUUUUACGAGACUAUCGGUUCCUUUGUCGAGAAGAAUGCUGCCAACUUCCGCACUCCUGAGUGGGACGGUUACAGCGUUCUUCAAAGAGAGGCUUCGCGAGCCGGCGCCUUUGAGGUCGGUUUCGUCACUCCCUCUACCGAGGUUUCUCAGACCAAACCCAAGUUCGUCUGGCUGCUAGGCGCUGAUGAGGUCAACGAGGCCGACAUCCCCAAGGAUGCAUUCGUUGUCUACCAGGGCCACCACGGUGACCGUGGUGCUCAGAUUGCCGACAUUAUCCUCCCCGGUGCCGCGUACACCGAGAAGGCUGGUACCUACAUCAACACCGAGGGCCGUGUACAGAUGACCCGCGCCGCUACCUCCCUGCCUGGUGCUGCCCGCACUGACUGGAAGAUUCUCCGUGCCGCCUCCGAGUUCCUCGGCGCUCCCCUCCCCUACGAUGAUGUCACUGCCGUCCGCGAGCGCAUGUCCACGAUCAGCCCGGCCCUCGCCGUCUACGAUGUGGUCGAGCCUGUCGCUCUCAAGGAGCUCAGCAAGGUACAGCUUGUCGACCAGAACAAGGGCUCCAAGGCCACGGGUGCGCCCCUGAAAAAGGUCAUUGAGAACUUUUACUUUACCGAUGUCAUUUCAAGAAGCUCGCCCACAAUGGCCCGAUGCUCCGCCGCCAAGUCCAGUGGUGACCCCAGAACAAACUUCAUGGCCCCUGGCAUGGAGGAGGAUAGACCCAUGGGCCAGAUUGCGUAUGGAUCAUAA